GGGAUGGGGGUACCCGCUGGGCUGAGGUUGGCUGUGGCUGUGGCUGUGAUCUCCUGCGUCCUGACCGGAGGCUUCGGGCAGGAGAGGAACUACACGGUGCGCGAGGAGUUGCCGGAGAACGUCCUGAUCGCCAACUUGGUGCGGGACCUGAACCUGACCGCCGUGCGGGACCUGCCGCUGGUCUUCAAACUGGUCUACAAGACGGGCGACCGGCCCCUGAUCCGGGUGGAGGGCAGCACCGGGGAGCUGUUCACCACCGCCAACCGGAUCGACCGCGAGAAGCUGUGCGCCGGGGUCUACAGCGAGACCCGCUGCUUCUACGAGGUGGAGGUGGCCGUACUGCCCAACGAGGUCUUCCAGUUGGUCAAGAUGCGGUUCCUGAUCGAGGACAUCAACGACAAUGCCCCCCUCUUCCCGUCCACGGUCAUCAACAUCUCCAUCCCCGAGAACACCGCGGUCAACUCGCGCUACUCCAUCCCGUCGGCCGUGGACCCCGACGUGGGGGUCAACGGCAUCCAGCACUACGAGCUGCUGAAGGGCCAGAGCGUCUUCGGCUUGGACAUCAUCGAGACCCCCGAGGGCGACAAGUGGCCGCAGCUGAUCGUGCAGCAGAAGCUGGACCGCGAGCAGAAGGACACGUACGUGAUGAAGAUCAAGGUGGAGGACGGCGGGGUGCCCCCCAGGUCCAGCACCGCCAUCCUCCAGAUCACCGUCACCGAUGUCAACGACAACCGGCCCGUGUUCAAGGAGAACGAGGUCGACGUCCACAUCCCUGAGAACGCGCCCGUGGGCACCUCGGUCACCCAGCUGCACGCCACCGAUGCGGAUCUGGGCGCCAACGCCCUGGUCCGCUUUUCCUUCAGCAACCAGGUCUCCGGCCUGGCCAGGAGGCUCUUCUCCAUCAACAACGCCACGGGGCUGAUCGCCGUCAAGCAGAACCUGGACCGCGAGGAGUUCCCGGUCCACAAGCUGACCGUGCUGGCCAGCGACGGCAGCUCCACCCCGUCCAGGGCCGUGGUGACGGUCAACAUCACGGACGUGAACGACAACGUGCCGGCCAUCGACACCAGGUACAUUGUCAACCCCGUCAACGGGACGGUGCUGCUGUCGGAAAACGCCCCGCUCAACACCAAGAUCGCCCUCAUCACCGUGACCGACCGGGACGCCGAGCUGAACGGCAAAGUCUCCUGCUUCACCGACCACGACGUCCCAUUUCGCCUGAAGCCCGUCUUUGACAACCAGUUCCUGCUGGAAACCGCCGCCUUGCUGGACUACGAGAGCACCAGGGAGUACGUGAUCAAGAUCGUGGCUUCGGACGCGGGCAAGCCACCUCUGAAUCAGUCGGCCACUGUGCUGAUUAAACUGAAGGACGAGAAUGAUAACCCUCCUGUCUUUAAUCAGCCCGUAAUUGGGCUGUCAAUCCCCGAGAACAAUGCUCCCGGUACUCAGUUAACGAAAAUCACUGCUACCGACGCAGACAGUGGGAAAAAUGCAGAGAUCACCUAUCUCCUGGGUCCCAACACCCCAUCCAUCUUCAAUCUGGACCGGAGAACAGGAAUCCUGUCGGCUGUGAGGAGACUAGACCGGGAGAAGCAGGGCCGCUAUGCCUUUACAGUGCUGGCCAAGGAUGGAGGCAAACCUCAGCUGCAGAGCAAUGCUACCGUGGUGGUCACUGUGUUAGAUCAAAACGACAACAGUCCUUCUUUCACGCACAGCGAGUACAAUUUCUACGUGCCGGAAAACCUGCCCAUGUACGGGACGGUGGGGCUUAUCACAGUUACAGAUUCGGACGCAGGAGCUAACGCGGCUGUCAGCCUUUCCAUUGUGAAUGAUCAAGGCUAUUUUAUAAUCGACCCAUCCACAGGGGUCAUCAAGCCCAAUAUUACAUUUGACAGGGAACAGCAAAGUUCUUACACGUUUCAAGUCAAGGCUGUGGACGGAGGUAGACCUCAACGUUCUUCAAUAGCCAGGGUGACUAUCAACGUUGUUGAUGUAAAUGACAACAGUCCAGUGUUUGUCUAUCCCCCAUCCAACUAUUCUUAUGAACUGGUGUCCAUUUCUGCCAACCCGGGUUCAGUGGUGGGAAAGGUUUUUGCAAUAGACAACGACACCGGGAUGAAUGCAGAACUUCGCUACAGUAUAGUGAGUGGAAAUUCCAGAGGGCUGUUCGCCAUUGAUCCGAUGAACGGCAAUAUUACUCUGCAAGAAAAGGUGACUUCUUCGGACUACGGUUUGUACAGACUCGUGGUGAAAGUCAUUGAUUUGGGCCAACCUGAGUCCUUGCAAGCCAUGGCCAUGGUCCAUUUAUUUGUGAACGAGACCAUUAACAAUUUCACAUACCUCCAGGACAUGGUGCGGAAAAGUAUGGAGACUCCUUUGGAUAAGAAUGUGGGUGACAAUGAGUUGACCCCACAAACAAACGAUUACAUUAAGAUCGUAAUUGCCAUCAUAGCCGGCACUAUGACCGUCAUUCUUGUCAUUUUUGUAACCGCUUUAGUACGCUGCCGUCAUACUCCGCGGCAUAAAGCUGUGCAGAAGGGCAAACAGAGUGGUGAAUGGGUGUCCCCUAACCAAGAAAACAGACAGAUAAAGAAAAAGAAAAGAAAGAAGAAGCGAUCUCCAAAGAACCUUCUUCUGAAUUUCGUUACCAUCGAGGAGUCCAAGCCAGACGACCCUUCGCACGAGCACAUCAAUGGUACCUUGGAUCUCCCAGUGGAACUGGAGGAUCAAACUGUGGGGAAGUAUAAUUGGGGUACAAAGCCCACUACUUUUAAGCCCGAUAGCCCGGAUCUAGCAAAACACUAUAAGUCAGCCUCUCCGCAGCCCUCCUUUCAAAUCAAGCCAGAGACUCCAGUCCCGGUGAAGAAGCAUCAUGUCAUCCAAGAGUUGCCGCUGGAUAACACAUUUGUUGUGGGGUGUGAUUCCCUGUCCAAGUGUUCCUCGAGCAGUUCAGACCCCUACAGCGUUUCAGAGUGCAGUUGUCAGGGAGGCUUCAAGACUGCAGGGCCAAUCCACACCAGACAGGUAAUGCAGAGAUUCUAGCUGGCCCUCACAAGAGAUCUUGUCUCGGAAGAUUAAAAGCCCGAAUGGUCAUGCAUGGCUAAGGCAUUGAAAUAAAUGUAAACAGCUUGUGAUUCAUCAAUGUUUGAGAGAGAAAUUAGAAUGAAGUGGCAUUUAGUUGGUGUUUAUUGCUGAGUGGUUGUUUCAGCAAUAUUGACUCUAGGUGGCACUGUAGUACUUCCUGGCUGCAAAGCAAGCUGCCGCAGUUGUGAGUAGUGAUGGGGCACUUGCAAGUAUGCUUUGUCGUAGCAAGCACAGGAAUCUUGAGAUGUAGUGCAGGUGCAAUGUAAGGCUGUACAAAAUGGAUCUUUUGGUUCCUGUUCAGAGACUUUGGCACUAGCAGUAAAGGAAGGGAGGAACAGACCACACAUUACGCAGCAAAACAGUACUCCUUUAUAUUUGAAGAACAAAACCAGAAAUAACAUAACAGUUUGUGGUAAAACUGCU